AUGAGUGAAGUUAACUUGGCAAAAAUCAUCGAAAUUCAAAAGGUUCUUUAUGAGCUCAACAGUUCCAACAUAGAGCAUGUAAAAGAGGUUAUAAUAAACUCACCAUAUAUCGCAGAUCAGCACGGAAUGAGAGAAAUCACACAUGAAUUUUGUUAUGUUGUACAAAAAUACCCAAUUGAUGUCAGACUACUUGCAGCACUUCUUAAAGAAAUCGAUCAAGCAGACGAAAAGUUCGGAAAGCUCAAAGUUUUUCUUGCGGAAGAAAUUAUUAACCCAGCAAGAGAAAUCAACAACACAUCUAAAGCAGGACCAUUUAGAUUAUUGCGUUACUGCUACUUAAACGGCUUAUAUAAUGACACAAAUAUUUUUGAUUACAUCCAGAGGUUCCCCAACUCAAGGAAACUUAAUUUCUUCUUGUUAUUCUGCUUCCUUGAGCCAGAAAUUCAGUAUAAAUCGCCAGAAUUAUUCGGAAGACUUAAACAACAAAUAGAAUCUUUGAAAAUUUCAGAUAAAUACAUACAAAACGCAAUCACUAACUUCAACCAAUUGCCAUUACUCGAUCUUAUUGAGUUUGGCUGUGAAAAGAACUCAGUAAAUUAUCAAAUUCGAUACGAAAAUUCAAAUGACGUUCCAGAUGACGCUCCUGUACCAUAUAAUCCAUUCGAAUCCAUCAUACGCAAGUUCUCUAAUGCCAAAGAAUACAGGGAAUUCCUUCAAAAUCCUCACAAACAGCCAGAAAAAUUAACAAAAGCAGAAUUCCUCGAAGCAGCACUUACAAACGACAUAGAACUGGUAUCCAAGUGCAUACAAUCCGGUAUCCACGUCGAUGCCGCAGACGGAAGAGGCCAAACCGCAUUAAUAAAUGCCGCAUCACAAGGACACUGUUUCAUGGUCGAUUACUUACUCUCGUGUGGAGCCAAGGUCAAUAAGAAGGGAUCUUGGGGCGAAACAUGUCUCCACACCGCAGCAAAGUGCGGAUCUUUUACAACCGUCGAAACUUUGCUUAGCCACGGCAGCGACAUCUACUGCGAAGACGAGAGCAGAUGGACACCAUUCUUCGACGCGAUAGAUGCAGGAGCUCUUCCUGUCGCCGUAAUUUUGGCAACAAAAGGAACUGACCUGAAUCGCUGCGCCAGGGAAGGCCAAACACCACUGCAUGUUGCUGCUAUGAAUGAUUACAUCGCAAUAGCAGAGUUUUUGGUCACAAACGGUGCAAAAGUAGAUUCGAUGGAUGAUCAAAAGAGAACUCCACUGAUGGUGGCUGCAUCAAGAGGAAAUAUCCAGAUAAUACAGUUCCUCGUUGCAAGUGGUGCUGUUCCUGAUACAAAGGACUUGAAUGGAAGAACAGCUCUUCACCACGCUGCAAAUGCUUCGGAUGUAAGUGUUGUUGAGGCCCUCCUGAACUUGGGUGCUCAUCCUAACUCGUCUGAUUCGUUCGGAAGAACUCCUCUGAUGGUUGCUGCAGCUGCAAAUUGUUUGGCGUGCGUGGAAUGCUUGGUUUUCAAGGGAGCUGACGUUUUUGCAGUGGAUACGGCUGGAAAAACAGCUCUAGAGUAUACAACUAACGAGGAGAUCAAGGAAUACUUGGGCUCUCUUGUUUGA